CACCCCCGCCCCCACCGGGGCGCCCAGCCCACAGCUCCCCGCAGGAGCGCGCACAGCCCUAACCCCAGCUCCCUCUGCUCUGUCCCGCCGCUUCUAGGCCUGGGGGAGGACCCACAGAGCCCGCGGACACUGAGGCUGCUCCUGGUGGGGAAAACGGGCAGCGGGAAAAGCGCCACAGGAAACAGCAUCCUGGGCAGGAGAGAGUUCGAGUCUAAAGUCAGCACACGACCGGUGACCCUGAGCCUCCAGCGGGGCAGCCGCAGCUGGGCCGGGCGGGAGCUCGAGGUGAUCGACACCCCCGACAUCCUGGGCCCGCGGGCCGGCCCGGAGGCGGAGGCAAGGGCCGUCUGCGAGGCGAUGGCCUUCUCAGCGCCCGGGCCGCACGCCGUGCUGCUGGUGACACAGCUGGGCCGCUUCACCGAUGAGGACCUGCAGGCAGUGCGGCGCCUGCAGGAGGCCUUUGGGGUGGGCGUGCUGGCGCACACGGUGCUGGUGUUCACGCGCAAGGAGGACCUGGAGGACGGCUCGCUGGAGGAGUACGUGCGCGACACGGACAACCAGCACCUGGCCCAGCUGGACGCCGUGUGCGCCCGCCGCCACUGCGCCUUCAACAACGGGGCGGCUGGCGCCCAGCAGGAGGCGCAGCUGCGGGAGCUGCUGGACAUGGUCGAAGGGGUCCUGUGGGAGAACGAGGGCCGCCCCUACAGCUACCCGGCCUACCGGCGCUACCCGCAGCUCGGCCCGCUCGGGGACGCGCGGGACACGCAGGUCGGCUGCGGACAGGGCUCCGACCGGGCGCCCCUGCAGGAGGCCCUGCUGGAGGGACUGUGCCAAUUCCAGAAGGAAUUCCAGAAGGCUCACAGGCACCUGCUGAAGAGGGCGCCCAUUUGAGCUGGCCUGGACCGCAGCCCCUGGAGCCUGCUGCCAUCCUGUCCCUUGCGCUCUCCGUCCCUGGGGGUGUCUGAUGCGGCGAGCGAGAGGCGGGUGCCGUCCCCAGUUCCCCCGCUCGCGCCCCAGGGCCCUCAUCAUCCCUUCCAGAAAGCCUGCAAAGGAAGCAGUUGAAUGACUUAAACGCUGCGGGGAGUAGCCUGCCUCCUUAACGGGGAGACCUCUGCGGCACGGGGGUGUCUUUUUGGAAGGCUGCUCCUACAGACGGGGUCCCUAAGAAGCCACCUGGGAUUGGAGAAGCGGGCAGGUUGGGGGUCUGGCUCUGGCCAUCUGACUGCAUAAGGACAGGGAUGUGCCUCAGGUGCCCUUCAGCUGCUUUGGGGUUCUGUUGCUUCUGGGGAGUCUGACCAACUGACAGAAACAGAAUAGGAGCAGACGGGGGGGGGGCAAAAGCCUCCCAAUAGCUCCUCUUUUCCUUUCUUCGAGCUGUGCACCAGAGGGGCUCUAGCUACCUUCUCCUGGGGCAGGUGGGAAAUGGAGGUCGGGGAGACAGUGUUGGAGGGCAAUCAGAAAUCAGAGGACAGAGCCUCGGGUCUGUCUGGACACUUGUCCUCUGGUCGGAGAUUCUCUACUACCAGAUGCCCAUGGACUGCAGUCUCCCAGUGUGGACACCAUGACACCCACGUUCCCCAGACUCAAUGGACUCCUAAGAAAGCUUGAGCAUUUCUUCUGCUAGGAGAUUCAGAAAAGUGUCUCAAGGCACAACAGAGAAUUAUUUUGCGUGCAUACGUAAGACAGCCCUUGUGGGGGUGCCUGGGUGGCUCAGAGUUUGAAGCGGCUGCCUUCAGCUCAGGUCAUGAUCCCGGGGUCCUGGGAUUGAGCCCUGUGUGGGGCUCCCUGCUCAGCAGGGAAUCUGCUCCUCCCUCUCCCUCCCCGCACUGGUGUUCUCUCCCUACCCCUGUCUCCUCUCUCUCAAAUAAAUAAACAUCUCAAAAAUAAAAGAUAGUCCAUGUGCCAGAGUCAUUUAUUAAAUAUGCCCAUUUCCCACUGAACUGAAACACAACAUUUAUCAUAUAAGAAAAUUUCAUAUUCCCAAAGAUCUAGGGCAGGAUUUUCAAUUCCGUUUUUGUCCUCUACUUUUUUCCUUUGUUAUGAAUUCACUGUCGAUUGGGUUACAGAGGCUUUGAGUGUAGUGUGGCACACCCGAUUUCCUCCUCAGUGUACAUUUUUGUAUUUCCUUUGUUCUUCUCAGACAUUCAUUCUUCUACGUGAGAGUUAAAUCACUUGUGUGAUCAUCAGGAGAGAACCUACGGGCAUUCCAGUUGCAAUUGUCUUCCAUGAGGUUUGGAAGAAUUGGUAACCACUUCAAUGGUAAAUGGGUCAAGACCGUCAUACUUCCAAGUGAAUAGACUCCCAGCUUCAGAGUUAGAGUAAAAACUAAACCAAUUGCUAUUCCAUCAGAAGAGUCAUUGCUUUAAUGUAAGUGUUCUCCUUUUAACUGUUGGCUUAGUUAUAUUUCAUAGCAGAAAAUAGAAGCAUUGACCAAA